UGUACCAAUUAGUAACGCAACUAUGGAAAUGAUUGGUAGAAAUGCUCUUGGUAUAAAAUUUAAUGCACAAAAUGGUGUCAAGCAUGAAUUCAUAGAAAACUUGUUUAAUACUAUGACGGUCUGGGAGUAUAGGAUAACACAUCCCUGGUAUUUAAACAAAACUAUUUUUCAAUUUUCUACACUGAAACAUAAACAUGAUCGUAGUCAUAAAAUCAUUAAUGAAUUCACGGACAAUAUAAUAAAAAGUAAAUUAGCUGAAAUUCAAAAAAACAAGGAAUGUAUAAACAACGACGAAAUAGAACAAAAAAAUAUAUCAACCAAAUCCAAAACGUUUAUAGAGAUUUUAUUACAGAAUUUCCAAAACAUGUCUCAUAAACAAAUUCGAGAUGAAAUCAUAACUAUCAUGAUUGGUUAGUAUAAAA